AUGACUUACGAAGGAACACUUCUGAACACUUUUGUCAACAACAACAAAAACAACUUCCCCUUGAAAGUUGUUGUGACAACUCUACAGGAAGCCACGACAGUCCUCAACAACCAUUCCAUCACCAACGACACACAACUAGUCCUGCACGGUUGGACCAAGCACAUCAAAGUACUUGCUAUCACAGCUGGCAACCCUUCAAAUACGCCAACAAAUGAUCCCAUGACCACUUUCAACUACUACGCAAUCCCGCUGACUUACCAAGCGUACUUCAAAGUCAAAUCCAAGUUUUAUCGUGGACUUUCCAAUUUGGUUUCAUCUGGUUGGUGGGGUUGGACUAAAGCUGUUAGUACCGAUUUGAGUGGAAGCCCUAACUUGAGAGUUGGUGAUGUCGUUAGAGUGGCUGAAAACACUGAAGACAAAAUGAAACGAGAUUAUGAUGGAGGUGGUUCGAUCACAAUGUUGAAAAAGAAUAAUAAUGCGACGGUUGCAAGAAUUCAUAUUGCACGUUCAUGCAGUGCUGUAUUCAAAGAACUGAUGGAGGAAAAAGGUGACGAUCUAGAACAAAGUGGUUAUGACAAUCUAAAUUUGAAUGAUGAAUAUACGAUGAAACAACUUUCAAAAUAUUUAAAUUUUUGCGAUCUGGAAGUUCAGAUAUCAAAAGCAAGUCCUGACAUCAACAGACCAAUCACAUCCACACCCUCAUUCCCUUCUUCAUCGCUGUCCUCAGACAAUCUUCCUUUCGAUCAGAACAUUCUGCUGCUCAAUCCCAUCCAGGAACAGUCCGUACUGACAAGCAUCGAACAUCCAGAUGCUCCGGCUUUCCGAAUCCCGCUGCGUACACUCAUCUACGUGAAGCUGAAACAAACCUUGGAUAAAACUUCCAGUCCGUUGCAACAAAAAUCAUCUUCAUCAUCAUCAUCAUCUUCCCUGCCGUCACAGAGUAAAAAACCAGUGUUGUCGAAGUUUGAUAGAUGCGUCGAGGUGUUGAUAAAGGAUGUUUUCAUCUCGCUGCUACCUCCGCAAAGGGCUUUUGAGAGAUUCGCUCAUUGGUAUUUUAUCAGUAACUCGAACGAUACACUCAUCCAACUGCUGCAAGAUCAACAUAAACGACUAUCAAACGAAUUACAGCAACAACAAUUGUUACUCAUAAAAACGCAACAACAAUUGCAACAACAACUGCAACAGACAAAACUGCUACAACCUCAAUUGGAAAUUCCACAAGAGGUUGCCGAUAACAAACCGACAUCAUCCUCGUCAAGCAGGAUUGAAACAGAGGACGAUGACUCCAUAGGCACAGCAACCGGUCUGCAGUCAAAAGAAGGCGAACCCCAUUUUGAAAUUCCGGGAGAUGGAAAUCUUUACAAGUUGAACAGCCAGCAAUUUUUCGAAGUUUUGAGAUAUAUCAAGUUGAACCAGUCAACUCUGGAGAAAUGUUCUAGACAGAAAUUGAACGGAAAGAAGUUUGCCUCGCUAAGUCACGAUGAUAUGUUGCAUAUGGGACUGCUACAUCCAGUUAUCAUGCACUUUAAGAUGUCUACGUUUAAAUGUAAAUAACUUGCGUUUUUGGUUUGCUCUUUAGAUACAAACACAUGAAUAAACCCAAUUGAAUCAUAAGUUUUGUUUUGCUUUGCACCAUUCAACAUUUUCUUUAACAAAAAUAUUG